GAUUUGAAGUUGUGACAAAUUAUUUUCUGUUGUAAAACUAUAGGUAUUGUAACAAAUUUUAUUUAGCAGUGUUCAUGAUUGUUUGCAAAACAGGUACUGUUGCAAAUGUAAAUUGCGGUAUUUCAUUUACCGUUCUUUUUUUAACACGCAUAAUGUUAAUUCUUGCAAAACAGUAACUGGACUUGGACUGAAUAACACUGAAUGGCAGAUUAUCCUGCUACACGCAUUGUGGUGAAACGCGCAAAUUAACUUCGCAAAUAAGUGAAGCCAAACGGAAUACUAAAGCAUCGUUUAAUUGGUUGCCUUUUAAGAUAUCCGGAAACUCCGAAUCUUCUGACUUUUAAUUAACCGCAUGCCAUGUAAAUUACGAUAUGUUUUGACAACAUUCUUGCGCUUAAGGUACAGCUGCGCCUGACGAAAGAAUGGGACCCGAGCAGCUGUGGGCGUCCUGAGUUAUAAAACCGCAAGUUUUCAGACCCUAAAAACUGUAAGUGAAAAUGUUUAGCAUCUCGACUCCUGAAGAGCACUCGCCGCGCCUGGAGCGCGCACUAAACCCAAGAGAUGAUCCUCUAGUAGCUAUUUAAUAAUCAGCGUCGUGGUGUCAGAGCGGACACUGCCAAAAGGGAUUUCGCACGAUUAUCGACGGACUGCUAUUUUCCCAGCGCAGCCUCCGCACACAGUGGUCUGGGGCUGCCUCAUCCUCUAUUCCUGCUUGGGAUUAUUGCUGCGACUGACAUCGAACUGCGACGGGCGCACGAGGAAAACACCCUUCAAAGCUUUGAUUCAUCACUAAAUUUGGAACACCGAAGCGCUGAAUAUACGGACUGAAACACACGUUGACUGUCAACUAUGACUGAUGCGUGGAGGGAGGGACGUUUAAGAUACAUCCGACCUGCUGUUAACGCACACCGGCCACUCUUCAUAUUCUCCAGCGGCUAGGCGGGUGAUGAGUCUGCGAGGAUGCUGCGCUUCCCCGUGAAGAAAAUUAGGAAGCAGUUCAAACUCCUUCUGCUGUUAGUCCUGCUUACUUUCGCUGUGUGGUUCACCUAUCUGCACAUCAACCAGGGAAAAGCGAUCAAACUCCACUUCAACUACGGGAAAGAUGGAGAGAGGCAGACGGAGGGGACGGAGGCCAGCCGCAAGAGAGAGUCGCGCUCCUCGUCCGUCCACCACAAGAACGAUGACACGAGCAACAGUCAUGAGGACGAGACCGCGGACGAGGAGCCCGAUGCAUUAGGGGAGGAGAGCCGAGACCUCACAGAGAUCAGAAAGUUCCUAGGCCAGAAGCUGAACAAGUUGCCAUGGAAACCAGAGUACAAAGGUCAGGCGAACCUCCAUGUAUUUGAGGACUGGUGUGGCUCUUCUGUUUCUCAGCUCAGAAAGAAUCUUCACUUUCCUCUCUACCCUCAUACCAGAACAACAGUGAAAAAGUUGGCAGUGGCCCCGAAAUGGAAGAACUACGGCUUGAGAAUCUUUGGCUUCAUCCACCCUUACAGAGACGGAGAUUUCCAGUUUGCUGUGGCAUCAGAUGACAAUUCUGAAUUUUGGCUGAGCUCUGAUGAAAACCCCCUCAAUGCCAGGCUGCUGGUGUAUGUUGGACGGCUGGGCUCGGAGUGGACUGCUCCCGGAGAGUUCAGCAAGUUCAGGUCCCAGUCAUCUAAGUCCAUUCACCUCAUCUCGUCCAGGCGAUACUAUUUUGAGAUUCUGCAUAAGCAAGAUGACAAGGGUUCAGACCAUGUGGAGGUUGGGUGGCGUCCUUUUCUCCCUGGCCUGAAGUAUGAGGUCAUAGACUCUGCAUACAUCUCCCUGUACACAGACGAAUCAAGCCUAAAGAUGAACAAAGUGGAUCACAUCCCGCAGACUCUGGCCAGCCACAGCCGAACACCCCAGGAGGCCCAUGCCACCAGCCAGCACGGCGCCGACAUGCUGAAACAGGACCCCAGAGACACCUUCUACAGCGGAGCACCCAUGAUCGAGCCGUCCCGUCUGGAGAAUGUGCUGCCCCCGUGCCUCUACUCCCCCACAUAUGUGGUCAAAGACUUCCCCAUUGCUCGCUACCAGGGCCUGCAGUUUGUGUACCUGUCCUUUGUUUAUCCUAAUGACUUCACCAGAUUGACCCACAUGGAGAAAGAGAACAAGUGCUUCUACAGAGAGUCACCAAUCUACCUGGAGAAGUUUGGCUUCUACAAGUACAUGAAGAUGGACGAGGAGGAGGACGACAGGCCCUUCUUCUUCCCCAACCCAGAUGAUUUUCUGGAGGAGGAGGAAGGGGUGGACCCGGCAGACGAGGCGUUGGCGGUGGACAGCCAACCGGCAAGGAGGAGAGCCAACACCAGCCAGGCUAGCCACGCCUCCAGGCCGUCCCUGGGGCCCGCUCUGCAAACUCCUGCCGACGAGGGAGAGGAGGAGGAGGGGGAUGGGGACGACCAGCAGGAGAGAGAGGUCCUCCAGACGAGGGCCAGACGCAGAGGGGGCAGCAGAGAGGCUCUGGAGCCUCAGGGCAAAACUCUGGGGAACCACCAGAGGGAGCCAGAGGCGCCGGGCCUCCAGAGGCCCAGUGUGGUGCGGAGUCGGUCCUUGUCCUGGAUCCGCACCAGCCCUGACCAGCUGAGCAGGAGAGGGGGCGCAGAGACACCGCCCAAACUCAGCAAGUCAGCUCUCCUGUUCCCUCAGAAGAGCUCCCUCUCUGCACUGACAAGCAGGGCAAAGCAGAUCCUGGGUAACUCCCCCCACACCGUCCGCAGCCCUGCAGUCGCCCCGGGCAACCCGCGCACUAGUAAGGACCGCAGAAAGGAGGAGAGCAAGAUCUACAUCACCAGGCCCGGGCCGUCAAACAACAGGAGGAGCACAGCGCCCCACCAGCCCAGGGAGGUCUUCCCUGGGGUCUUCCUGUAUCAGAAUGGCAAGACCACCAAGCUGGUCAAUCUAGGCACCAAACGGAAGGGCGGUAGAUGGCCGGUCAGUGCCCGUCAGCUGUGGCCCAAAUCCCCUUUCAGGCAAAGCAGGGCCUCCACGCCAAGAGACAGUUCUACCCAACCAGCGGUGGCUCACAAGACAGCCACCAGGGCGUUGCCAGAGAGACACCCGCAGAGGAGAGAGGAGCUCCCCUCCCUUCCCAGCAGGAGUAGCAUUGUUACAUCAGUGCCUAGCCGCAAGCCCCCACCUCUGACCACCGCACCAACCCCCAGGAACCCAGGCCCUAACUCCAUGGAGAACACCCUCCCCACAGAGCCCAGGGUCACCUCCUACAUGAGGACCUCAGAGAUCACCGAGUCCCAGCAGCAGCAGGAGCUGGACCCAGAGCCGGAGCAGGAGCAGGAGCAGGAGCUCGACCAGGAGCAGGAGGAGGGGGGGCUAUCGGAUUACAGCUACGAGGAGGCGGAGCCACGACCGGGCUGGGCGGAGGACGCCAUCAACUGGCAGCGCACCUUCUCCGUCAACACCAUGGACUUCGAGCUGCUGCGGUCCGACUGGAAUGACCUGCGCUGCAAUGUGUCGGGUAACCUGCAGCUGGCCGAGAGCGAGGUGGUGGACGUGCUGGCCCAGUACAUGGAGAAACUCAACGAGCACAACGGCGGCAUCUACACCCUGCUGCGCAUCAUCAACGUGGAGAAGCGGCGUGACUCGGCGCGGGGGAACCGCUACCUGGUGGAGCUGGAGCUGAUGGAGCGGGGGAAGAGGGUGGUGCGCCUCUCUGAGUACAUCUACCUCCUGCUGCACCACGGCCGGGCGGAGGACAGCCUGGAGAACAACGAGGGGGUCACCACCUCCUCAUCCUCCUCCUCCUCCACUCUCCUUGCUGCCCGGGGGUCCGCCCGCCCCCUGCCCAGCGGACAGGCCGCCCAGCCCCAUGCCACCACGUUGUGGAGCACAGCCUACGCCAAGCCCCUGCUCUGCCAGCCAGUCAUGCUGCAGUGGAGGCAUGACGUCAUGGUGCACUUUGUGGUGCCAGUGAAGAACCAGGCCCGCUGGGUGCAGCAGUUCAUCUCAGACAUGGAGCUCCUGCACCGUGAGACCAAGGACGACAACUUCAGCAUCAUCAUCGUGGACUUCCAGAGUGAGGACAUGGAUGUGGAGCAGGCCCUCAAAGAGAGCAAGGUGCCCAGAUAUGAGUACUUGAGACGAGAGGGGAACUUUGAGCGUUCUGCAGGUCUGCAGAUCGGAGUGGACACCAUUGAGGACAAUCACAGCAUCGUGUUCCUGUGUGACCUGCACAUCCACUUCCCACUCAACAUCCUGGAGAGCAUCAGGAAGCACUGUGUUGAGGGGCGACUGGCCUUCGCCCCCAUCGUCAUGAGGCUGGGGUGUGGGAGCUCCCCUCAAGAGCCUGAUGGGUACUGGGAGGUAAACGGCUUCGGCUUGUUCGGCAUUUACAAAUCGGAUUUCGACAAGAUCGGGGGGAUGAACACGGAAGAAUUCAAGGACCGGUGGGGAGGGGAGGACUGGGAGCUGCUGGACAGGGUUCUGCAGCACGGUCUGGAGGUGGAGCGGCUCAGACUGCGGAACUUCUUCCACUACUACCAUUCCAAGCGUGGCAUGUGGAACUCACAGAUAAAAAAGAGUCCCAGAGGAUAGCUCUGUGGGUAGCUCCACCACCCCCUCCCACCCCUGGCUCUUCUGCAGGACGAGAAGAAAAAAAACCUGAGUGCUGGACUGGACGGGCAUCCUACAGAGACAACCCAGUCUGCUCCAAGGACCCCUGUAGCCU